AUGUCUGGGACUCCAUUCAGAUCCUGCUUCAGGUUGAGCUGCAGAGAGAAGUUGAACUUGCUUCUAGAGAAAGAUGCUUCCUUUUCAUAUUAUUCAGAACUUCCCAAGACCCCAUCUAGCAAGUUCCUUGCAGAUCCUGAAAACCUCAGUCCUUUGACAGGAGCAACCCCAAAGCGUUGCCUUGACUUAUCAAAUAUUAGCAUUGAGGAGACAGCUGCCACCCAACCUACCACAUCACCAGACCCUGAUGAAACUGGUAGCUUGGAUUCCUCAGGACUAAAGGAAGUUCAGUUAGCUGGAAUAGGUUACCAUCAGCAUGUUAAGAAAUGCAUCCCUGAACAGUUGCUGUGUAGCACUCCCAGCUCUCUAUAUUCCAUCUGCCAAAAGACAGAUGCAACAGGUAGCGCUUCUUCAGACAAAGAAAAUGACAACAGAAAUUCUAUGGAAGGUGAAAUGAACUAUCUGGGAAGCCCCAUUACUAGAAUUCCAUUGCAUCAGGAUGGAGAAGGCUGUGCAAGGGAGACUUCACUUGAGUUAAUGGAAAUUUUCCUGGAGAAGGAAGAAGCCCAGGAAUCAGAUCUAAAGAAGACAGUUUCACUCUAUGACAUUAAUGCCAUUCAGAUCUUUGGAGAAAAUUCUGACCAGAGGCAGCUGAUAGGUGAUUUCACCAAGGUCUAUGUUCUACCAACAGUGACAGGAAAGCACCAAGAUCUGAAGUAUAUCAACCCGGAGAUGGUGGUUGCUCUGCUAGGAGGACAGCUGCAAGACCAGAUUGAGAAAUUUUACAUUAUUGAUUGCCGCUACCCAUAUGAAUAUCAAGGAGGUCACAUUCAGGGAGCUCUGAACCUGUACGGCGAGGAAGAACUUUGUAAUUUUUUCCUGAAAAAGCCUUUUGUUCCUUCUGAUACCCAGAAAAGAAUAAUCAUCGUGUUUCAUUGUGAAUUCUCCUCAGAAAGAGGCCCCCGAAUGUGUCGCUAUCUAAGAGAAGAAGACAGAGCUCGGAACAAGUACCCUGCCCUAUACUACCCUGAGCUCUACAUCCUCAAGGGAGGCUACCGAGACUUCUUCCUAGAAUAUGCGGAACUAUGUGAACCCCAGAGCUAUUGCCCAAUGCAUCACCAAGAUCAUAAGGCUGAACUGUUAAGGUGCCGCAGCCAAAGCAAAGCAUGGAUGGGAGAUCGGCAGCUCCAGGAACAAAUUGCUUGCCUCAUGAAGAAUGUGAGCUCAAGCUGAGGAAAGAGCUGCCAUCACAGUAGUUACUUGCUCAUAUCAGAGCUGACCCCCAGAGAGGAAAUGGUGACUUCUAUGGAAAAACAGACCAAUGAUUUACAGAAAAAAUCACUCAGCAGGCCAAAACAUUUGACUGCCCAAGUCAAGUCAACCUGCAUCCCAGAGAGAAUAGGAGCUUUCUGUAUGGAGCUGUGUCCUGAAAGCUUUUCAUCCUUGCUAGAGCUGCAAAGUUUCCAAUAAUCAAAGAGAAUUCUUUCUUUCCCCUACUGUAUGUCUUCUUUUUUAGCCAGCUUAUCUCCUCUGCUUGAAUUUCUUGCCAUACUUGAGAUGGUAAAUCUUCUUUCUGAAUUUCUUUCCAUUCUAUUCUCCCCCCAUUAAAAAAAAAUGGUACA